AUGUCAUGUGACAAAGAACAAGAACUAAUUUUGAACUGCCGUGGAAACUUGGAAAACUUGCUACGUAGACGUUUUUUUGUAAUACCUUCUUUUGAAAUUUAUGGCGGAGUUGCUGGCUUGUUUGACUAUGGUCCUCCAGGUUGUGCUUUGAAGGCUGAGAUUGAAGGUUUAUGGCGUAAACACUUUAUUCUUCACGAAGAUAUGCUUGAAAUUAGUGCAACGUGUUUAACACCUUACAGUGCAUUGAAAGCAUCAGGACAUGUUGAUAGAUUCACAGACUUUAUGAUUACUGACACUAAGACAAAUGAUUAUUAUCGUGCUGACAAAGUACUAGAAGAAUAUGCUGCAAAUAGACUGAGUAAGAAUUCGAAUAAUCCUCCCAAGAGUGAGGCUGAAAGGAGUGAACUAGAACUUAUUAUUAUUCAAGCUGGAUCUUAUAAUAGUGACGAAAUAAGAAGAUGUUUGGAUAAAUAUAGUAUUCUUUCUCCAAGUGGUGCUGAAUGGUCAAAUCCAUGCCCAUUUAAUUUAAUGUUUAAAACUAAAAUUGGACCAAAACAGAGUGAAGAUGAUGGUAAAUGUAAUACUGGUUUUUUGAGACCAGAAACGGCUCAAGGUAUAUUUGUCAAUUUCCGUAGAUUAUUGGACUAUAAUGGAAAAAAAUUACCAUUUGCAGCAGCUCAAAUAGGAUUGGGAUUUCGUAAUGAAAUAGCACCUAGAAAUGGACUUUUGAGAGUUAGAGAAUUUCAAAUGGCAGAAAUAGAACACUUUGUACAUCCUGAAAGAAAAAAUCAUCCGAAAUUUUUCAUUGUUGAGAAUUUAUGUCUACCUCUUUAUCCUAGAUCUAGCCAAUUAAAUAAUACUAAUGUCAUAAAAAAUAUGACAUUAAAAGAAGCUGUACAUGGUCCGAAUAAAGUUAUUGAUAAUGAGACUUUAGCUUAUUUUUUAGCUAGAUCUCAUUUAUUCUUUAAAUCUAUUGGUAUUAAUAUUGGAGGAUUAAGAUUCAGGCAACAUUUAGAAACAGAAAUGGCUCAUUAUGCAAGCGAUUGUUGGGAUGCAGAGAUUUUAACUUCUUAUGGCUGGAUAGAAUGUGCAGGACAUGCUGAUAGGUCUUGUUAUGAUUUAAUACAACAUUCUAAAUCUGCAAAGGUUGAUCUACUUGCAUCUGAACGUUAUGAUGAACCUCAAAUUAGACCAUUUGUUAAACUGCUACUAAAUAGACCAUUGAUUGGAAAAACAUUUAAACAAGAAGCUCCAAAAGUUAUUGAAGUGUUGCAAGAUAUUGCUAAUAAAUGUGAUAUGUCUGUUGAAGAGGCACUUAAGCGAGAAGGUUCUUAUAAUCUCAAUUAUAAAUAUUGUUCUGAUCAUACAAAAUAUAAAUGGGAAAUUACUCGUGAAAUGGUUAAUUUUGAACUAACUAGUAAAAGAGUAACUGAGGAACAUUUUAUACCAGCUGUAAUUGAACCUUCAUUUGGUAUAGGUAGAAUUAUAUAUUGUGUUUUAGAACAUAGUUUUAGAAUAAGAGAUGAUGAAUCUUUAAAUCAAGUUAAUGGAGAGAAAAUUAAUGUAAAUAAAGAUAUACAAACCUCAAUUGGAGAAAUGCAGAGGUGUUAUUUGUCAAUACCUCCAAUUAUUGCACCAAUUAAAUGUUCUAUAUUACCUAUAAGCUCAAAUAUUAUUUUUAAUGAUAUCAUUAAUAUUAUACGAGAUGAAUGUAUUGGAAUGGGGAUCUCAUGCAAGUUAGACACUUCUUCUGCAUCCAUUGGAAGAAGAUAUGCUAGAACUGAUGAAAUUGGUAUCCCAUUUGGUAUAACAGUAGAUUUUCAAACUAUCAAAGAUAAUACUGUUACACUCAGAGAGAGAGAUACUAUGAAACAAGUAAGGCUACACUCAAGCGAAGUAGUCAAAAUUAUUUCAGAACUUUCUUAUCAAAAGUUGAUUUGGAGUGAUGUACUAAAAAUGUAUCCACUAUUUACACAACAAGAUGAAUAA